GCUGGAUCACAGCUGCAUGCUCUUGGUGCUGGUGUGCUUCACUGUAUUCAUCAACUCAGUAUUCUUAAGGAACUACUCCAGUAGAAGAAAGAAAAAGGGAAAUGUUAAAUUGGAAAAUAUAUCAUGAAGAAAAUGGAUUCUGAAUCCUUGGAUGCUUGUAUUCAAAGUACUCUUUCAGCACUCUAUCCACCUUUUGAAGCAACAGCAUCCACAAUCCUGUGUCAGGUUUUUGAUGUAGUGGAGAAAGCAUAUCGUGGUGACGGAUUGUGCUACCUCAUUGAUUUCCUUGUGCCUGCGAAGCACAUUCUGCAAUGCAUUCAACAAGAUGCUUGUUUUCAGUAUUGUGGAUUUCUAUUUCGUUAUGAAGGUUGGCCUUUAUGCAUCAGUGAAAAAAUUGUGAUACAACUGUCUGCACUUGAUUGGCGAAUUUUGCAACCUGGUGAUUUCUACCUUCAAGUGGUUCCAAACCUGAAGAAAACGCCACGCAUUGUAUUAAAAUGCCUUACAAUAAAUGGGUACAACAUAGAAGAAGUAAUUAUUCCAGAGGUCACUUAUACUUCUAUCUUCACUACGGAAUGGUUGGACAAUAUUAACAAGGAACGGAUGGGAACAGCUUUGCAGAAUUGCCUUUUGUCUACUGAGAGCAGUAUCUUGAGAGUACCUUGGGAAGAGGUAGUGAAUCCAGAAUUUGUUGAUAAACCAAAAAUGAUUGAAAGUAUGUCAUCAAGAAAAUGGAGUAUGGAUCAGGAAGUUGUUUAUAACAAUCCGAAAAAUGUACUAUUGAAUGAUUGUAGUGCAGAAUUAGGAAGCCAUUCUGAAACACUUCAAAAUCGAAGUACAAAAGAAAAAGAAUUGAAAACACAUCACAUGCAUCCUAGAAGGGUGUUACAUAAUUCCCUAAGUAGUAUUGCAGAUUGUUUAGAUGCUUCUAUUAGUUCCCCAGUAAUAUCUGCUCAUGAACUUGAGGGGGAGUAUGUGGAACUUAGCCAAAUUUCAUUAAGUGAAAGUGAUUUAUUUUCACAAACAAGUAGUUCAGACUUAAAGUUGCAAAGUAUAUUGAGGGCUGACAAAUCAUUAGGAAAAAUCCCUUUGGAUGCCUUAAGUAGUGGCACUACUUUAAAUGUGAACUGUCAGGUUAAUGUAGAAACAGUAAUAAACCCAUUUAACUUGCAUGUUAGCAACAAUGAGGAAAUUCUUGAAUAUAAAUCACUUGUAGAUAGUACAGCAAGCAAAAUGCCAUUUCAUAAGACUUGCAGUAGUUGUGAAAAUAAAGCGCCUUAUGUGUUUACAAAAGUAGAGCUGUCUUCACCAGCGGAAACUGACCUUCAGCAAGAAGGAAUGCAACAGGAGUUCAAGCCUUGCUGUGGAGACAUGCAUAUGUUAAUUAAACAGACCACAAAUGGCACAGAAAACAAUUUAGGCAGUCGUGAUUUGGAACCAGUGGUUGGCAGCCACACACAGACGUCCGUUCAAGAUUUAGAACAUCAAAAAUGUCCAAGUUCUUCAGGUGAUUCAUUGCCCAUGCCACACAGCAAACACAAAAUUGAUGUGAAAGAUUGCAAAGAAAUUGCAGAAAAGAAAUUGCAGAAAAGUAACCAAAGUCUGCUUGAGGCAGAUGCAACAGAAAAGACACACGGUAAACAUAUACAAGUUCCAGAGCAGAACAGCACAUCAAUGGUUUUAAUUACUUCUGAUAAAGAAUUUUUCAGUCAAGUGACUGACUGCAAUUUCGCUAACACUGUUGAAUUUGUAAAUAUUCCUUUUGCGGCACCUCCUAAAAGCUUGCAACAAGAAAAGACAAUGAACCAGCAGUCAGAAUGUAUUGAGAAUGCACAGUUUAAUGGUCAGAAUCUUAAUCAGUUUCUUAAAAAUGUAACUCAACCAACAGCAGAUGUACAAUUAGAUGGGGACAAAAUCUCUUCAAUGCAUUCUUUCGGCUCUGAAGAUACUACUGAUUAUAAUUUAUGUGAGAAUUUUGCACUUGCUAACAAUUCAGAUGCUCACUUCAAGGACAGCAGAAGGCAAUUAGUGAUUAAAUGUUCUCAAAUAAUUGAAGAAAAUGUAGAUUCCGUCAUUCUCCAACUGGCUGCCUCACAUGCUACAGAAUUAAUAAAUGAAGAAAAACAACCUGCAACAAAUGCUGAUCAUUUACAAUCUAAUUUAACAACAGACACCGAGUAUUGCAGGAAGCAUGGUUUUGAAUAUAUAACACAUUUUGAGAAAGAUCAUGUGUGUUGGACAGAGGAAAAUAUGCAGUUGAAUAAGUGUUUCAUUAGUAAAGAAAAUACUAGUCAGCACUUUCAAGUCAAUACAUUACAUCAGAUGUCUGAGCAUGUGAAAAAUGCAAUUGCAGAUCAAAUGCAGAGUGAAUUCAAUAAGCAAAAACAAAUUGAAGCUAAUGAUCUGAAUAUCACAGAAAGUUGUAAUCUAAUACCUAAAGAAGUAAAUCCACUACAAGACAGUGGAAAUCCAUCCUUACAAGACAUGUCCAAUGAAAAUAUUGUGCUAGGGAGUGGCAAAUGUAGUGAUAAAAAGGAAGCCAAGCAACAGGAUUAUUCUACUGUUGAAAAGUCCUGGUCAAGUAUGGUAAUGACAGAAUCUAAUAUUGCCUACUCAACUAUAGUUGGAACUGAAAAACUUGAAACUCGUUGCGCACUUACAGAUGGAAAUGAAAACUUGUCCUUUGCCAAUAAUACUUCUGGGCAAGGUUCAACGGAAUACAAAAAUCAAUCAGAAACACAAGAUAUAGAAGAUUUAAUUAAUGUGAAUGCUGAAAAACGAAAGCAAGAAGGAUGUCUUGCUGAAAAACGUCUUCUCGAAGGAUUUGAUUCAAAAACAAAUGAUAACGGAAACACAGAAAAAAGAAGUUUUAAUGAAGAAACUUUCAACCUAUCAGAUGAACCUCCAACAGGUUCAGUGAUUGAACAGUGCAUUGUGAGCAGGCAAGAAUCAGCUUCAGUGAAACAUUGUGAGACCUCAUCUUCCUUACCACUUAAACCCAAUCUACCAACACUGUCCCAAGAAAUCAACUUUGAUGUUCUCAAUUCAGGGGUAGCAUGUUUGACUGGAGCCAGAGAUAAGUCUGGUCGUGCAGUUGUGAUAAUAACAACAAGAAACACAAUCUGGCUAAAUCCACAUUGUAACGUUCCUGAACUCGUGCGGCUCCUUAUCUACUUUUAUAGUAUUCCUAGACAAGACAUCCAAAGUGCAGGACUAACUAUUUUGGUGGAUGCCCGGCGUUGCUCUCCUGUACCAGCAUUGUUUAAGGCUUUCAAUACCCUUCAGGCAAAAAUUCCAAAUGCUAUCCAUACUGUUUUGCUGCUCGCUGAAAGGGAACUUACAUUCCGAUUUGAGAAACCAUCUUCGAUGCAGUUUGAACUUCUUACCUCAUUGAAGUCACUGCAUAAAUAUGUGGAAAGCCAUCAACUGCCACCAGAAUUUGAUGGAACUCUCCCCUAUAGUCAUAGUAACUGGAUGUGCUUUCGUAUGAAACAAGAGCAGCUUAUACAGGGAUGUAAAGCGGCAAAGAGUUUCCUCCAGGACAAUAUAGAGAGCCUGAAAUCAAGUAACCUACCAGAAACAGCUGAGGAAGCAAAUGCUCUUUUACAACAGUAUAAGCACUUAAUGAAGAAUGUUCUGGAAGAUGCAAGGUUGGUGAGACUGCAGCUCGAAGGAGGAGCUAUCUUGGCCAGACUGAGAAGAGAGGAGUCUUAUGUCACUGGAACUGUAGUGUACAGAGACACAAUGGAAACUGUCACAGAAUUAUAUAACAAAGUGGAUGAAGGAAUCCAUGAGCUGGUUAUGUUAUCUAAUAAAUGCAUUCAGGAACUAGAGUUUUUGAAAGAAUUCAAAACACAAGAAAGAGAGUUUAAGGAGGUGAGUAAUUGGAUAGAGGAAGUUGGAGAAAAGCAACUGGAGAGAUGUAACGAGUUAGAGGAUUCACUGGAUUCAUUGCUAAGGACACAGGGAGAGUUCAAGAGCUUUUGCAAUGUUGCUUAUGAGUAUUGCAGGAAAGGCAAAGAACUUUUGAAGAGGCUAGGUCAGUGGCAAGACUUCAGAUCACCAGCAUUGCAUGUUUUUGAAGAAAAGUUGCAGGCACACAGAAAACAGUAUGAUGAAUUUCUAAAGAACCUGGAUGAAUGCAGACUAAAGAUUGACAAGACUUUAAAAUUGCACAAAUUCUUUGACAAGGCUUAUGAGUGGGCCCUAGAAGGUAUGCGACACCUUGCAUGUAUCAGCAUGGAUGACUGCAGUUCACCAGAAUGCUGUGGGUCAGUUGUGAAAUAUCUGGAAAAUCAGCAGCAGCAGCAUCCUGAAAUUAAAGAUGUUGAGUUUCAAGAAAUGAAGGAAUUGGCAUGCGAAUUGAAAAGUGAGAAGGGGAUUAAACAAUGGAAAUUUGCUUGGUCCAAAUGCCAAGAGACAAAGCUUAUAUUUGAAAAGAAGCUGGAGACUGCAUUGCGAACAAGGAAGUCAUUACCAUCAGACUAUAGGCUUUCUGAUUUUAACACUAUAAAGAAUGAAAUUGUUAACAUAGGACAAAGGCGGCAUUCAGAUGGAAUAGGGCAAAGAUUACAGUGUGAAAGGGGUUUUGCAGGAUCCAGCAGUGGUAGUUGUUUACUCAACAGGUCAACACAUUGUGGAAUGUGGCAGAGAGACAGAAACUCGUCACAAUCUUCAGGCAUUUGUUACAGAAAUAUAAAACAUAAGGAUGAUUUUGUACCAGAACCUAUUCUCAGCAAAAACUCUAAGCCAGGUUUCCAAGGCUUUGAUCAAACAGGAACAGGGAGAACUUGUGCUCCUGCUCAUACAUCAACACCAGAAGCUUGUAGACAAUUGCAUAAUAUCUCUGAUGAAGUAUACUGUCAUAGUGAUGUUGACUCUUCUUGCAUUGAGUCUAGAUGUCUCUUAACACCAGAUCCCCAGAAUCAACAUCUCAAAAAACUGUUACAGAAAGCACAGAGUUUUGACUCUUCACCCAGUGAUACUCACAGGUAUAAUUCAUGUCAAAGAACUUACAGUGAACCUCCAAGGCGUGGAAACACAGGGGUAUUCAUUAAAGGGCUAGAAGUGAGCAGCACUGAACUUAAUGAUAGACCUUGUACCCCCAAACAACAAGCUUUGUUUGAUUGGACUGGAAACCAGACAGAAAGUCACAGAAACUAUAAUGCCUUACAAGAGACAAAGACGAAGGGCAGUAAACUGAGGCACAUAAUUGAUGAAAUGGUGACAACAGAACGCGAAUAUGUGAAAUCUCUCCGGUACAUCAUUGAUAAUUACUACCCAGAAAUGGAACGUUUUGACGUUCCUCAGGAUCUUCGAGGCAAACGCAAUGUUAUUUUUGGAAACUUAGAGAAGCUUUACAGCUUCCAUAGCCAAUAUUUCCUGAAGGAACUGGAAAGUUGUGUUAACCACCCAUUACGUGUCAGCCACUGCUUCCUCAGACAUCAUGACCAGUUUGGCAUGUAUGCAUUGUAUAGCAAGAACAAGCCCAAAUCUGAUGCUCUACUAGCCAGUCUUGGAAACGUAUUUUUCAAGCACAAGCAACUACAACUGGGUGAUAAAAUGAAUCUAGCUUCUUACCUGUUGAAACCAAUCCAACGGAUGAGCAAAUAUGCCCUGUUAUUGAAAGACUUGAUCAAGGAGUGCAGUGAAAUUCAGGAGCAAGAGCUCAACUACCUCAGAGCAGCAGAAGAAAUGGUUAAAUUUCAGCUUCAACAUGGUAAUGACUUGCUGGCUAUGGAUGCUAUUAGGGAUUGUGAUGUGAACCUGAAGGAGCAAGGUCAAUUGGUUCGUCAAGACGAGUUCAUUAUCUGGUUUGGACGCAAGAAAUACCAGCGACAUGUCUUUCUGUUUGAAGACCUCAUUCUUUUCAGCAAACCCAAGCGGAUUGAAGGUGGAUUUGAUGUUUAUAUCUACAAACAUUCCUUUAAAACAGCUGAUAUAGGUUUAACAGAAACUAGUGGUGAGAGCAGUGUACGUUUUGAAAUAUGGUUUCGUCGACGGAAAUCCAAUGAUACGUAUGUUCUUCAAGCGAGUUCAGAAGAAGUAAAACACGCCUGGACAAAAGAUAUAUCAAGUAUCUUAUGGCAGCAAGCGACCAGAAAUAAAGAAGUACGAAUGCAGGAAAUGGUGUCUAUGGGAAUUGGUAACAAACCAUUCUUGGACAUCAAGCCAAGUGAGGCUGCAAUCAAUGAUCGAGCCAUCGAUUAUAUUAUGAAAGGCAGAGGAGCACGGACCAGAGCUUCAAUUGCAGUCUCCUUAUUCGAUCACACUAACCCAUUUAGAAGGACACAGAACAUUUCAAGUAACGGCAGUCCUUCUGCUGGUUGUCCAUCCUCAUCCUCACUGUUGGGACCACUGAAUCUCCAUAUGUAUACUAACCAGGCAUUGCUGUCAGGGGUGAAUACUGAACGUCCGUUUGAUGUCAACACUUGUAUUGAGGAGGAUGAACUGGAACAUGAAACAAGCAGCCAACCCUCCAUGACAACUGAAAGCUCAGAAUCUUCUUUUCACUGUAUGUCUGCCAGUGGCUCUAGUGGAUCUGAUAGUGGCUGUGUCUCCAGUCUCCUCCUUGAAAACCUUUCAGAAGAUACAGGAUCUCCAUCCGAUAUAUCAGCCUCGUAUUCUUUCCCAGGAUCCAAGCACAGUUCUACUACCAUCUCCCCACUGGAACACAAGCCUCAUUUCUCUAACAGCCAGUAUAUUUCAGCGCAGAAAUCAGAUCAAAUUACCGUACGCCCAUCUACAAUGAUAUAAGCAUAGCUGUGCUUUCUGUCCUGCCUUGUCUAAAAUGUAUCCGAGGCUUGACUGUUUGGAACUGCUACUGCACAGGGACUUCUUCUAUCUGCAUGAACAUGUUUCUGGUCAUCUUUCCUCUUGUUUUUCUGAGUUGUAAAAGCUUGAAUCAGCAAACAUGCUGGCUUGUUAGUCAUUAGCUUAAAUCAUGUGAUUUCUUGUAAAUAUUGUUUUGAAUAUUAUUCAAACUGACUUUUCAACUGUUCUUUAAAACAAAAUUGACCUUCAUAAAACUGAAAACUAAAAUCCUUUUUUUUCCACAUUGGAACCUAGAUUUCCAAAUGUAUUACAAGACUUUGUUAAUAUUGAAAGCAAGCCUGCUUCUAAAAUCAUAUUUUUUGUUUCUUUUUUAAUAUGUGCUACAUUGCUGUGCUUCAGGUUACCAAAGUUACCUGGCACAUUUCAAGCUGAAUUUUAACAGCUUGAAAUGUUUAUAGCACCUAGAAUGAUGGGUAAAUCAAAUAAGUAAGUGUAGGAUCAAUUCAGAAUUGAAAGAGUAGAGGUUUUUGUUAUAUAAAAACGAAUAAGGGUUUUUUUUAAAUGAUUAUCUCAGUUUAAUUACUAGUGACUGAUUUUUUAUGGUACAAACUAGUCUAAAAUUGAUAACUUGUAUCGAAAAUGGGAAUAUCACAUUGGCACAGUAGUGAAGCUCUUCUGAGAUAGAACUUACAUACACGCAGAUAAAAUAUCCUGUAUACUCAUGUAUAGGUCAAGUUUUGAAGACUGUUUGUAAGCUGAAAUUAGGGGUUGACUAAUACACAAGGUAUUGUUUUUGAGGGGAUGAAACUCUUGCUUGGCAUGAGUCAAAAAAUAAACAAAUGAGCCAGAUCAACAACAAAAUGAAAAAGAAUUAUGGCCAUUAUUGAAUAUUUAUCGACAAAAUAACUGUCUCCAUUCUGCCUGCUAAGGUAGAACGGUACUGUUGUGCGAUAUUCCAGUUACCAGUACCGUAAAGUGCAUGUAGUCUACACAUAUGUACAAAAGUUACUGGGCAUACCGGCAGGUGGUCAGGCCAUCUACCGAGGGUAUUUGUACAACAUACAAUUCAUGAUCAGGAAGUGACCACUGAAAAACUAGGGUCAACUUAUACACAAGAUAUAUGAAAAAUACCAGAUUGUUUGGCCAAAAAUAAGGGGGUCAAGUUACAGUCCUGCUGUAAUGAACUAUACUGCUGGCAAUUAGAAAUCAUUAUUUUUUUUCCACUUGGCAAUAUUCCUCACUUUGAGCAGAAAAUUAAGCAACUUUUUCUCAAUAGAUUGUUUUUUGUAAUUUUUGUGAUAUUUACUGCCUUGUUUUAAUAUGUAUUUUC